AUGAUCUUUCAGCCACACUCUGAUCGAACGAAGGCUCUCAUGGAGAGCUCGAUCCCAGUUCUUCUUUGUGCUGCGCUGCAUCUCUCCAUGGUGUCAUAUGGGUUGACUCAGCCUGGAUCUGCGGAAGAAUUCCAGUUUCUUGCAACACAAGGGUUUGUGAAGCUUUCCGCCAUGCAGGAGAUGCGCUCUAGCCCUGUGUUUGUUUCUGAGGAAUGGGCGCAUGUCCUUGCAUGGGAUUUGUUUGUAGGGAGAUAUGUUUACCUCGAUGGACUUGCGAAGAAGAUUCCAACACCACACAGUCUGUUUUUUACUUUCCUCCUUGGGCCGCUGGGGCUUACUAUGCAUCUUAUUACGCGCGCAGUAGUCCUCAAAGACGCUUCUAGCCUUACGAAGCUGUGA